AUGGGACUACAUACACGAAUGAAUGCAAACCUAACCAUCAAAGACCUAUUGCAUCAGGAUACAAACAGCUGGAAUCUAGAAGCAAUAAAAACUCACUUACCUCAGUAUGAGGAUACCAUCAGACUUCUUAUCCCAAGUUCGUUGAAACCUCCGGAUUCCCUGGUGUGGCUACCUGCGAAGUCAGGAAAUUUUACAACAAAGACAAGGGAAACCAACAACGCACUACCAGUGGGACUGAAUCUCCGAUGGCGGGAAAUAAACGCAAAUGCGUGUUGCACAAGAUGUGGAGAGCAGGAGACAAUUGCACACAUAUGGUGUGAUUGCCCAUACACAAAAGAGGUGUGGAGAGUAGCCCCCAUAACGCCGAACCCGAAGACCCUUUCAACAGACAUAGACUCUAGAGAUCUGCUACGCACUCUCUACAAGUCUAAGAACCAACCUUCAUCAGCGUUACAGGAAACCCCUCUUUACCUCUGGAUUCUCUGGAUUCUCUGGACAUCUAGGAAUAAGCUCACCUUCGAGGGAUCGAGCUACUCAGCGCCUGAACUGGUCGACAAAGCCACCCAGGAAGCGAUCCUAUGGCACUCAGCUAACAUCCCUCCACCUCCGAUACUCUCGAAGCCAGUACAUCCGAAAAAACUUCCCUACGACCCACGGCUUCGAUCUGCUGCUCAGAUGGCGCUUGGCUAG